AUGUCUGUUCGAAUCGCGAUUAUAGGCGCGGGACCUGUCGGUCUCACUCUCGCUAGGCUACUCCAUAACCUUACCAAGCGAAACCUCGAAGUGGUCGUUUUUGAAUCCGAACCUUCCAGAUAUGCUCGCCAACAAGGCGGCACUCUCGAUCUACACCCGGAUACCGGUCUUGCAGCCAUCAAAGAAGCAGGUUUAUGGGAUGAGUUCAAAAAACAUGUCCGAUACGACGGCGAAGCUUUGAUUAUCUGCGACAAGAAACUUGUCAAAUAUAUCUCCCUCACUGCUAAAGAUGAAACGUCUUCCGCUGGCCGUCCUGAAAUCGACCGAUCAAGCCUCCGUGAAAUGCUCCUGGACUCUGUGCCCCCGGAGAUGAUUCGAUGGGGAUGUCAUCUUCGUGAGAUCGACGAGAACCGGAACUUAAUAUUCGAUCAUGGUAUUGAAUCCGGUUUCGACUUGGUUGUUGGUGCUGAUGGCGCAUGGAGCAAGAUCCGCAGGUAUCUCUCAGAUCAGAAGCCUGACUACUCUGGUAUUUCUGGAUACAUUUUCCAUAUUCCCAAUGCCAAGGAGACAGCACCAGCGGCCUAUAAAUUAACCAACCGAGGCUCGGUAUUUUCAUUCUCUGACGGUCGCUCCAUCAUGAGUCAAUAUAUCAGUGAUGGAAGUCUGUACAUCAAUGCUUGGUGUCAACUACCUGAGAAUUGGCGAGAGAUUCUCCCUCAUGAUGUCAAUGACACUGAAGCUAUCAAAAAGUUGGUGUUAGAACAAUUCCAUGAUUGGCAUCCAGAUCUCGUGAACUUCAUCAAAUCAGCUGAGCAGCCUUCCAGCGCCUCGCUGUAUAUGCUUCCUGUUGGUUGGCGCUGGGACCACCGUCCUGGAGUCACACUGAUUGGUGAUGCAGCUCAUCUCAUGACUCCCUUCGCUGGUGAAGGUGUUAACGUGGGCAUGCAAGAUGCGUUGAUGUUAUCACGCGCUGUUGGCAAAGCUCUCGAUUCACCAAACCCUGCAGUUCAGCUUAACCCUGAACUCGUGGACUUCGAGGAGGACCUAUUUGUCAGAGCAGAGCGGACCACUUCUCUAACAAAGGACAUGAUGCACUGGAUGAUGUUUGCUGAUGGCUCACCACGUACUGUCAUUGACAAAUACAUUCUGCGCAUUUUGACGUUCCAUGACAAGGGUAUUCUCGAUUAUUUGAGAUACCCGUUACUGAUGGCCUCAUUAAAAAGCUGGUUUUUCUUAUACAGGCUAUGGCACUGA